CCUAAUUAUGAGCGCACAUUUGUUUAUCAUUGUUAUUCUAUACUUGUUGUCAUGAUAAGCGUUAAUUGGACUAUUUUGCUAGACAAAAUGCAGACCACUACGUUAUUUGCAAUGUGUUUUCAACAAGAAUGUGAUAAAAAUUGCCUUGAAAAUAUUAUUGAAAAUGGCUAGCAGAAACAGGUAUGUAAAACUUUAUAUUGUUUUUAUUUUAUAUCAUAAAGUAUGAUUGUUUUAUAUUGUAUAAUUAUAUUUCUGCUCAAUUCCUGUUUUAUAAUUCAGAAAUAUGUAUAAAAUGUGUUAUGACAGUCAAUUUAGAUUUUGUCUACAAAAGUAGACAAUAGGAUCAAAUGGGUACGUUUUAUCAUUAUGAAAAUAUUUUGUUGUUUACAGAAGAUACACAGUAAAUGAAAUCAUAUCAAUGCUUGAGGAUGAAGGUAACUUUGAAAGGGCAGAUAUACAUGUUCAUCCACCUCCUGUAGAUGAGCUGACAGAUGAAGAUAGUGCAAGUGAAGAUGAAGAAGUAGGUUACAACAACCUCAGUGGACGUCAGUUAGACCAACAAGCAACAGCGACAGUUAUUCGCCUAGAUGGACGUCAUGUUGUUGCUUCAGCAUCAGACUCCGAUCUAGAAACUGACCAUUCUUCAGAUUCUUCUGAUACAGAUGAAUACGAAGUGCCUGCAAAUAUUGCAAAAAGACCUCAAGUAAGAAUUGCACUACGGGAUCCAGCUCCGCGUCCCAAACGACCUGCACCAGUAAAGAGGAAGUGGGAAAUAAAGACCUAUCUGAGCAAGAUAAAGACAGAUUCACUUGGCAUGGCUCAAAUAUAGACAAAAGUCGAUGGCCGCAAACACCAGAUGGCAUCUUCAACUUAUUUUUUGAUGAUGACGUGAUCAACAUGAUUGUUGAACAGAGUAUAAGAUAUGC